CCCGGUUCUCCCUCAGCGAGCCCACAGAUUUGCCGGGGCCGGGAGAGGCGGGCCGGGAGCCGGCUCAUGGUGGGGGGUGGGGGGAAGAUGGCGGAGCUGAUGCUCCUCAGCGAGAUCGCCGACCCGACGCGCUUCUUCACCGACAACCUGCUGAGUCCGGAGGACUGGGACAGCACCUUGUACAGUGGCCUGGAUGAAGUGGCCGAGGAGCAGACACAGUUGUUUCGUUGCGUGGAGCAAGAUGUCCCGUUUGACAGCAGCUCUCUGGAUGUGGGGAUGGAUGUCAGCCCCCCUGAGCCCCCCUGGGACCCUCUACCCAUCUUCCCAGACCUUCAGGUGAAGUCUGAGCCGUCCUCCCCCUGCUCUUCCUCCUCCCUCAGCUCAGAGUCGUCACAUCUUUCCACAGAGCCCCCCAGCCAGGUUCCUGGAGUAGGGGAAAUACUGCCCGUGAAGAUGGAGUCCUUAGCACCCCCACUCUGCCUGCUGGGAGAUGACCCAUCAUCCCCAUUUGAAACCAUCCAGAUCACUGUGGGCUCUGCCUCUGAUGAUCCCUCAGAUAUCCAGACCAAGCUAGAACCCGCCUCUCCAUCUUGUUCCGUCAACUCCGAGGCCUCCCUCCUCUCAGCAGAUUCUCCCAGCCAGGCUUUCAUAGGAGAGGAGGUUCUGGAAGUGAAGACAGAGUCCCCGUCCCCUCCAGGGUGCCUCCUGUGGGAUGUCCCAGCCCCUUCACUUGGAGCUGUCCAGAUCAGCAUGGGUCCGUCCCCUGAUAGUUCCUCAGGGAAAGCUCCGGCCACUCGGAAGCCUCCACUGCAGCCCAAACCUGUGGUGCUGACCACAGUUCAGGUGCCACCCAGAGCUGGGCCUCCCAGCGCUACCGUCCUCCUGCAACCCCUUGUCCAGCAGCCCGCCGUGUCCCCAGUAGUCCUCAUCCAAGGUGCUGUUCGAGUCCAGCCUGAAGGGCCAGCCCCCGCCAUUCCACGGCCCGAGAGGAAGAGCAUCGUUCCAGCCCCCAUGCCUGGGGGCUCCUGCCCGCCGGAGGUGGAUGCAAAGCUGCUGAAGCGGCAGCAGCGGAUGAUCAAGAACAGAGAGUCGGCCUGCCAGUCCCGCCGCAAGAAGAAAGAGUACCUGCAGGGCCUGGAGGCCAGGCUGCAGGCCGUGCUGGCCGACAACCAGCAGCUGCGCAGGGAGAACGCCGCCCUCCGGCGGCGGCUGGAGGCCCUGCUGGCAGAGAACAGCGAGCUCAAGCUGGGCUCUGGAAACAGGAAGGUCGUCUGCAUCAUGGUCUUCCUUCUCUUCAUUGCCUUCAACUUUGGACCUGUGAGCAUCGUUGAGCCACCUCCAGCUCCAGCCUCCCCUCGGAUGGGCAGGGAGGAGCCCCGGCCCCAGAGGCACCUGCUGGAGUUCUUGGAGCAAGGGCCGCCUGGUGGUGUUGAACCCCUACAGGAAGCGUCCCAGGGCCCUGAGGAGCAGCACCCCAGCCCUGUGGGCAAGCCCAGCUUCAGAAACCUGACGGCCUUCCCCAGCGGGGCCAAGGAGCUGCUGCUCAGAGACCUGGACCAGCUCUUCCUGUCUUCUGACUGCCGCCACUUUAACCGAACUGAGUCCCUGAGGCUUGCUGAUGAGCUGAGUGGCUGGGUCCAGCGUCACCAGAGAGGACGACGGAAAAUACCUCAGAGGGCCCGUGAGAGACAGAAGUCUCAGCUAUGGAAGAAGUCACCUCCAGUGAAAGCAGUUCCCACCCAGCCUCCGGGACCUCCUGAAAUGGACGCUGUGGGGCAGCUGCAGCUCUACCGCCACCCAGGCCGCUCCCAGCCGGAGUUUCUGGAUGCCAUCGACCGGCGGGAAGACACCUUCUAUGUUGUCUCCUUCCGCAGGGACCACUUGCUCCUCCCAGCCAUCAGCCACAACAAGACCUCCAGGCCCAAGAUGUCCCUGGUGAUGCCAGCCAUGGCCCCCAAUGAGACCGUGUCAGGCCGGGGGCCCCCAGGGGACUAUGAGGAGAUGAUGCAGAUCGAGUGUGAGGUCAUGGACACCAGGGUCAUCCACAUCAAGACCUCCACGGUGCCCCCCUCGCUCCGGAAGCAGCCGUCCCCAGCCCCGGGCAAUACCACAGGUGGCCCCCUGCCAGCCUCUGCAGCCAGGCAGGCUCGCCGGGCCUCCCACCAGCCCCUCUACCUCAACCAUCCCUGACUUCUGCGGCUCACAUUGGAAGCCCAUCCUGGGGCUUGGGGCAGUUGGCAAAGGAGAGCGGGUGUGGGAUUAAACACACAGUGGGAGUGGGCGGGUGGCUCACCUCGCUUCUCACUUGUCAGAAUACAGGGCUCGUCUUGUUCCCGCAAACCCCGUCCUCUCUCCCCGAGUACCGCACAAGGUCCAGUUCCGAGCUGGGCAGCCUCCCAUAGCGUCUUUUGUUCUUUGGUUUAUCUGUUCGGGAGCAGCGGUGGGCUCUGGCCCCAGGUGGGACAGGGAUGUUCUUGGGUGGUGGAAGUCAGGUGGUGUGUGCAUAUGUUUUUAUUAUCAUUAAAUAAACAGCUCAGAGGGAGUAAAGGGA